CAGCAAAAAUGGGAUGGGGAGUGGGGAACACGCGCUUAGCUGGAGCGUUUUUGUCAGUGGAGUCCAGAGAAGUGCGACUAAGGUAAGAGAUAAAAAGGUAAAAUGUAUCUGACAGCCAGGACCCCGAAUUUGGAAGAACUGGUUUGGGGACCCUUUGAAGUGCUUCUCUGUUCCCUGAGCCUCCCGUCUUGGUUGUAUCCCUGUCUCUGUGGAUCUUGGCCCUCAUGACCAGUACAAACUUCAGAGCCAAAAGUGAGAAAAAUUGUCCAGGACCAAGAAGGUCUACAGGGUACAGUGCCCUUGGAAGCUAGAAAGAGAAGGAAGCAACUGCUUGGAUCUCUUCAGAUUGCCCUGCGUCUGCAGUUGCAGCAGUCUGCCAGCAGCAGCUGAAGACUUCAUCCCUUACAAGGAGCAUUCUGGGCAGGAGCAAGCGUGCUCGGUGCCCAGGUUGAAGGAUUCCCUCCAGCUAUAUCAUGGGCCGCACAAGGGAGGCUGGCUGUGUAGCCGCUGGCAUGGUCAUUGGGGCUGGUGCCUGCUACUGCGUAUACAGACUGACCUGGGGAAAAGAUGCGAAUGAGAAAAUCUGGGAUGAUGAGGAGGAGUCUAGUGAUAUAUCAGAAACUGGGGUCGAGGCUGAGCAAGGAGCUAAGACUAAUGUUGACGUGGGGGCUGGAGUCAGACCUCAGAGUGACACUAAGGCCAAGGCUGAGGUGAGAGUGGGACUUGAGAGUGGGCUGGGUGUAAAGAAGGAGGCCCAUUGUGGAUCCCCGAGUGGAGGUGGCCUAGAAGCGAAGGCCAAGGCCCUUUUCAACACCUUGAAGGAACAGGCAAGUGCAAAAAUGGGCAAAGGGGCCAGGGUUGGUAACAUUUCUGGGAAUAGGACCCUUGCAUCAAGUUUGCCCUGCCCGGGAGGCAGAGGUGGAAGCUGCCAUCCCAGUAAGAGUGGAGCUAGGGCUGGGAGCAGGGCAAAUGGAAAAUCCAAGGGAAAAUCUCGAAGUAAGAGCACUAGGGCUCUACCCACAACAUGGCCUGUCCGCAGGGGCAAAUUCAACUUUCCCUAUAAAAUUGAUGAUAUUCUAAGUACUCCUGAUCUUCAAAAGGUCCUUAACAUUCUGGAGAGAACAAAUGAUCCUUUUAUUCAAGAAGUAGCCUUGGUCACUUUGGGUAACAAUGCAGCAUAUUCAUUUAAUCAAAAUGCUAUACGUGAACUGGGUGGUGUCCCAGUUAUUGCAAAAUUGAUAAAAACUAAAGACCCCGUUAUUAGGGAAAAGACUUACAAUGCCCUGAAUAACCUGAGUGUGAAUACUGAAAAUCAGGGCAAGAUUAAGACAUAUAUCAGUCAAGUAUGUGAUGAUACCAUGAUCUGUCGCUUGGACUCGGCUGUGCAGAUGGCUGGACUAAGACUUUUAACAAACAUGACUGUGACCAAUCAUUACCAACAUCUGCUUUCCUAUUCUUUUCCAGAUUUGUUUGCUUUAUUAUUCCUGGGAAAUCACUUCACCAAGAUACAGACUAUGAAACUAAUUAUAAACUUUACUGAAAACCCAGCCAUGACAAGAGAGCUGGUCAGUUGUAAAGUACCGUCAGAGCUGAUUUCCCUCUUUAAUAAAGAAUGGGAUAGAGAGAUUCUUCUUAAUAUCCUUACCGUUUUUGAGAAUAUAAAUGACAACAUAAAAACUGAAGGGCUCGCAUCAUCCAGAAAAGAAUUUAGCAGAAGUUCACUUUUCUUUUUAUUUAAAGAAUCUGGAGUAUGUGUUAAGAAAAUCAGAGCAUUAGCCAGUCAUAAUGAUCUAGUGGUGAAAGUAAAAGUCCUGAAAGUAUUAACCAAACUCUAAUUGCUGUCCCAAGCAAUACUGAUGUAAAUUUGUAGUUCCCACUGGGGAACAGUGUGUUUUUAAAUGCAUAUAUGGCAAAGAGAUCCUGUCAGCUGCUCUUUUGGAAUAAUAAAUACCACAGAUUAUUAAUAGUCAUUGAUGUUGGGUUCAGACCGGACCAUUUUAAGGACACCAAGUGAAUAUUAGAGCUUGCACAAACAUUUAUUGAUUUUAUCUUGCUGCUUAGAUUGAAAUUUUUUGUUUACUUUACAUACACGGACAGUGAAGUAAAUGUACAUUAUGAAUAAAAUAUACUCUUUUGUAUUGUUUUAUAUUUGUUAGUCUAAGACUCCUGUUUAAUCAAUAAAGUUCUGUAUUUUGAGUAGAAGAAAAAAA